AUGGCUUCAUUCAAAAGCAUCAACAUUGAAGGUCAAAUACCAGAAGAGAUUCUGAUAGCUCAGAUUAUGCAACUUCAUGCAAGCAUCUCAAAGCUUGAAUCCCUUAGGCCUUGCAAGCAAGUGAAUAGUCUCUUCACUCAUCUUGUGAAACUUUGCACUCACCCUUCAUCCAUUGACAUUGAAGCCUUGCCUCAAGAGGUGCAAGAGAUGCGUGAGAGCCUCAUUAACCUCAGUGGCCAUGCCGAGGGACUCUUAGAGCUUGAAUUCUCAACCUUCAUAAGCCUCACACCCGAGCCCUUCAAGAAUGUGACCCUUUUCCCUUACUAUUCGAACUAUUUGAAACUAGCACACAUGGAGAACAAAAUCCUGAAAGAGAAUGGGAUUGUGAAUGCAAAGAAAGUCGCUUUUGUGGGAUCAGGUCCAAUGCCACUCACUUCCAUCAUAAUGGCCACUCACCACAUGGAGUCCACACACUUUGACAACUUCGACAACGAUGAGAAGGCAAACGAAGUGGCUCGAAAGAUUGUUGCUUCCGAUGUAGCACUUGAGAAGAGGAUGAAGUUUGUGACACAAGACAUCAUGGACGUGAGCGAGAGGUUGGGGCAAUAUGAUUGUAUCUUUUUGGCAGCACUUGUUGGCCUGAAUAAGGAAGCAAAAGUGAAGAUUUUGGGACAUAUAAGGAAGUAUAUGAAAGAGGGAGGAGUUUUGCUUGUGAGAAGUGCAAAAGGGUCAAGAGCUUUCUUGUACCCUGUUAUUGAAGAACGUGACAUGGUGAAUUUUGAGGUUCUUACCAUCUUUCACCCCACAAAUGAUGUGAUCAAUUCGGUUGUUCUUCUUCGCAAGCCUAAGGCUUAGUUCCAACACCACCACCCUAAGAUGCUGUUCUAUCUACUUGAAGAUCCGGGCUAUGUAGUUUCUAUACAUGUUUGUUCUUGUUGUGUUACUUUAUUCUAAGCAGGUUGA